AUGGAACCACAGAUCUUCGCCAUAUUUGCCUUUGCUACAACUGGAGGCUACACAGGCACAACCAGCGUCAACAUCCAGUGUCCAGGGAAGGAAAUACAGGAAGUCACUGCAGACUUUAACUACCCCUUCAGGUUGAUGAAGCAUCCCUACGAUGUUCCUGACUGUAAAGUCAAUGAGACCACCACCACUGCACACUACCUGUCAGGAGACUAUGCUUCUUCAGCGGAGUUCUACGUCUGCGUUGGGGUGUUUGCCUUCCUGUACUGCAUUGCCACACUAGUUCUGUACUUGGGUUACCAGCACCUGUAUAGAGAAACCAGCCGUGCUCCCAUUGUGGACCUUCUGCUGACUGCCGCCUUUGCUUUCCUGUGGCUGGUGUCGUCCUCUGCUUGGGCCAAAGGCUUGACUGAUGUGAAAUACUCCACGAGUCCUUCAACCAUUGUUAGUAUCCUUGAUGUGUGCAAGCAGGAAACCACCAAGUGCACUGCAGGUGCCAUGCCUCACAUGGGCAGACUCAACGCUUCAGUGGUUAGUUCUUUGUCUUUUCAUUUUUUAAAACUUUAAAAUUUUUAAAUCAGU